AUGGCGCGAACUGUUGAUCCCCACUUCAACAUUCUGGAGAAGGUCUACCCCUUCGCGCUCAACACGCUCUUGUCGAACCCGUCGGAUUCGCCCGUCUUGCGUCAGACCUUGCGCAACCUUUGCAGCGACGGCACAGGGCGGCUUUCAAUGAAGCAAGCUACCUCGUUGGUGGAUUCCGCGGCUAAGCUGACCGGAAACCAUCGGCGGACAGUGGUCGCAGACAGCCUCCGAAGCCCCGGCGGCCGCCGCUUCUUCCGGGCGCUGGUGCGAAGUGAAGCGGCCAAGCUGUGGGGCCGCAUCUAUGGAG